GGUCAGGGCUUGGCACAGCAGCUUAUAAUUUCAAGCUCGUCAAGUACACGUCGUCUCCAGCUGCCAUCAUGGCUUCAGUCCUGGUCCCAGUUUUAUACGUCGGAAUAGUCAUUUCAAGUUUAUUGCUCUUCAGUCAUUUCUAUAGAAAACGCACCGCAGGCAAGCUAUAUGAACCAUACUUUUCUUCGCAUCCAGAGCGCGAUGUCUACGUUUCCUUGUUGCAGAAGAGCGACCCUCCAGCUCAUGAAGCCCUUCUCAAAGCCGCUCUUGUUCGUCGUGCAAUGACAGACGUCACUCGCGUGGUUAAACUGCGGGAAGACAAGCCUGCUUUACAAAAUCUCCUACAGAAAGGGUCAAUCGGUGAUGACCUCUGGAACAGUCUCUUGCAAGCAGAGAAAGAGCUGGAAGCAGAAAUCAUGGAGGUCGUCGCAGAAGCCAAUACCUUUGUAGAGGGAUGGGGAGGCAUCAUAUUCCAGUCCGCUGGCGAGAUGAUUGCGAAUGAGAAGAUGCGCACCGUCUAUGAAGAGACCCCAGCAUCUAGAGAAAUAAAAGAACAAAAGUAUGGCAAAGUAGGAGCCAAGAUCGACCUUCCUCUACCCCAGCCAGUUCUUAUGCCCGGACCACCGCCACCUGGCCACCCCGCUCAUGCUGCUGCUCUCGCAGCAGCUGCAGCUGGAGGUGCCCAAGGUUCUGCUCCUGGAACUCCUGUCAAGCCCCCGAAUGGUCUCAUGCCACCCCGCACUAGUAGUACGAAGGCAGAGAGCGUGGCGUCGAGCGAUGGCGAGGGCCGCGAUACCCCAUCUCCUUCAAAAUCCUCCAAGAAGAAGAGCAAGAAACGGAAGUGAUCCCUUGCAUACGCACAUACCUUGUCCGUUUCAUGCAAUCUGCACAUGUUUUGCCGGAGUUC